AUAGUCAUGGUAGGAUUAGAUCUUAUUUAAAAAUUUAGCGCCCCGAGAGAUAGCGAUGGUUCUCCUAUCACGUGGUAAAAAAGGAUAGUAGAAACCCAGACGGUAGAAUCGGGAAAAAAAGGAAAAAACUAAAAAAAAACAGAGAAAAAAGUGCAUCUUCAGCGGGAAGCUAGUCUCUCCCUGCAUGCUUUUGUUCUUCUCCAGUUCAAUUCAACAUUCUCUCUUUACUUCAAAAUAAAUUAUCCCCGCGAUGUAAACAAAGUCUGGGUUGUCGGCAUGCCCUUCUUCAAUCAGGAAUUGAACCUUGGCUAAGUCAAUGAUAGCUGACUGUACUCUUUAACAACUUCAAACCCUUUUGACAAUUUGCUCUGAGGUUGCGUACAUUGGAGCUUUCCUUCUGCUUUGUUUUUACCAAGUUUAUUUGGCUUUAUCCGGUCAUUCAAGUCCUUAAAAAAGCCGCUCUUUAGAUCAAUUGUCGUGCAAAUCACCGUCAAGUAACGGAUAAAUCCAAUAAAGGCAGCGGUUACUCCUAGUUGGAUGAAGCUCGCCGCCUUUUUGGUUUGACUUGGCAAUUAGUCUGUAAUUGUACAUUGUAGGAAUAGUAAAUUCAUGUUUGUGCCCUGGUUUUCAGACUAUAUGGAAGCAUAACUGUUACACAAGGUUGAUAUCUGUUUGAUAGAUGGUGGUUUCUGUGGCGUAGAGGAGGUUUGCUUGUUUAUUGCUCUUCUGGGUGAGGGCAACUCGGUCAUGUUUAUACCGAGAUAUUGCAGAACUCAGUUGGAUGGGCUCUUUGUUAACUCAGGUUUUCUGAUGGGUGGGGGAGGACAAAAUCUUGACCCAGUUGGAUACACACGGGGUGCUAGGUCCAGCUGAGUUUUAACCUGCGUCGUGUGGAAGAAGCCCCGUCUCAAGCGAUAGCUUGAGAGGCAGACCUGCUGUGAAGAACUAGAGAGGGUCUAUCUAAACUUGAGAAGCAGAUUUUCUGGUAUUUUGGCCACAUGGAGACCACCUCAGCGUAACCAUAUAUUUGUCUGGCAGUCAGAGAAGAUGAGUGGAAAAAUAGUUUACAAGUCGAGAAUAAAUGAUGGAGACUUCAGUCAUAAAUUUCUACAUCAAUCAAAGGGGAAGGGUGGUUCACAAGACAAAAAGAGAAGCCUUUGUGAUAGAGGACAACAAGAAGAGACUCAAACCAUGGUUGAACGACGGAUUUUGAGGUGCCAGUAUCGCAACCUCAAGAUUUCGAUUGCUGAGGAGAAAGAAGAAAUAGCAAAUGUAGAUUCAAACAAAUUUGACUCAGUUUUCAGCAAAGUCCAGAACUUGCAUGAUCAGGUGUGCAGGCCUCGUGAGCAAGUAGCAGAUGCUGAGGCACUGAAUGAUAUCACCAGUGCAUUGCUUGCAUCUGUUAAGAGUACUCAGAACAGUAAUGGAAUAUCCAUCCCAGAUUUUAUAAGUGCUCUAUUAAGGAGCUAUGGUGACAAGGCCAAUGGAAAUACAGCCUUGCAGGGUAACAAUAAUCAGACCUACAUCUCAUGGGAAAAAUUGGGGUUAGACGCAUCCACAAUUUUUUCUCCUGCUGCAGGUGCCUCUACAUUGCUUGGACCUAUGGAUAAUGAAGCAAAGCCGAGGAGGGUUGUCCGAAUGAGAAGACAUCAGAAGCCAACUGAGAGUACUCGACCUGAAAAAGUUGCAGAUUCUAUUAGUGAGGAAAACAAAGAGACAGACAAGAACAUGGUAACAAUGUUCAACAUUCUGAGAAAGCAUAAGCAAGUUAGGUUGGAGGCACUGGUGCUUAAUAGACGAUCAUUUUCCCAGACAGUGGAAAACAUCUUUGCGUUGUCAUUUUUGGUGAAAGAUGGGCGAGCUGAGAUAAAGUUGGAUGAAAAUAAGAACCAUAUCAUUGUUCCUAAGAAUGCUCCUACAGCAACUGAUAUGUCAUCUGGCGAAGCUUCGUAUAGUCAAUUUAUUUUUCGGUUCGAUUUUAAGGAUUGGGAGUUAAUGAUGGAAUCUACUGACAGUGGUCAGGACCUGAUGCCUCACAGAAAUAGUUUACCUUUGAACCAGAAAUCUGAUAAUGCUGCAGAAACUCAAAUAAGAAAGAUCUCAAGAAAUAGGGGUCGUGAGACCCCAGUGACUCUCUCUGCAAGAGGCUUGAAUGAGUGUAGCAGUCAGAGUAGUGGCGAGAAGAAAUUUUCUAAAUCAAUCUCGGCAAGAUGUCCAAAUGAGUGGCGGUGGGGUCGUGAGGCCCCAAGGUCGCCUACUGCCAGAGGCAAGAGGUCCAAAUGGGUGGCGGCGGGGUUGUGAGGUCUCACUCACGGCUCUCUGCAAGAGAGCCUCAAAUGCGUGGCAGUCAGUGGCAGUGAGGAAGAUUUUUCUGAAAUGGUUGUAAAGGGAAGCAAGACAUAACGGAUCAGCCCAACCAAUUUAUUUUCUGCAUGCAUACCAUUGCCCCGAGGGAAGCUCUCUUUAUUUAUAUCAUAUUACAUAUGUACAUAUUCAUCUUCUUUUCAUCCUCGAUCCUGUCCAUAAUUAUUUUAUUAUGAAUCUGCAUCUUUGUUCUUGUAGAUAGUUAUAAAAUACUUGGGCUGCAUUCUACAGGCAUUCAAUCUAACAUUCGAUUCAUUGUGAUUUGCUUCAAUGCAGCAAUUUUUUGUAAUCACCAGGUUAUCUGUUCCUUGCUCACUUUUGCGAAUAGUUGAGCCUCUAGUUUUGAAAUACUUAGGAGCAAGUGUUUUAUACUUUCUUACGAUAGUAUAUCAAUGGCAAAAUCUUCAUUCGUUUA